GAGGGGGCGCGGUUCCGAGGAGCGGACAUCCGAGGCCCGGGACGGGGGCGGGGCAGCGUCCAGAGUCGGGGAAACUGAGGCCCGGCGUGGCCCGGCGUGGCCCCGUCCGGCUGAGCCUGGGCCCGCGAGGAUUCCGGCCCUGGGAGCCCCUCGGCUGGGAGCGGGCUGCGGCCCCCGCGGGCUCCGAGGAGGCGCCGGCGGGGCGGUCCCGGCUGCAGGGCGCCCGCGUGCGUCUCGGGGACUGCGCCGUCGAUUCUGCGGUGGCCGAGCCUUGGAGGGGGUUUCCCCAGGUCCCGCAGCUAGCAGGAGGCGGAACUGGGCCUGGGCCGGGUCUGUCUCCCAAACCGGUGCCUAAACGUCCAUCGUCCUGGCGCUUCCUGGGGUUCCCUGGUCCAAGCCGAGUCUGAGUGGCGUCCCCGCAGCUGGGGCGGGAGGGACCGCCUGCUGCGUUCCAUUUUGGUGGGCAGCCCUCAUGACCAGCCCUUGGGAGAGGGGUGCGGGGAGAGGGACAGCCCCUGAUGUCAGUGGCUCAGCACUUGUGACUUUGACCUCCUUCCUGCCGAUCAUUGCUCUCCUGAGCAACUCGGGGAGGGGAGGCAGCAGCCUCUUGGGUGAGGCUUCCAAGGGAAAGCGUCUCCCUUGGAAGACGCUGAACCGGCAUGCGGUCGCUGCCAGCUCUGCUUCUGGCCGGCUGUUAGCUGAGUUUACAGGUUCACAAGCAUUUCGGGCAUCAACAAGGGGCUUUGUGAAGGAGUGAGAGGACCUGGGCUGCUGAUGUGGCUAACGGUGCUGGCGGGUGGAUGCUUUGGUUUUGUUCCAGUUGGGCAGUGCCCCAGUCAGUCUCCAGCAGGGAGAGCCAUGCCAAGGGCAGGGGAGGGCGUUUCUCUUUGUUGUUGGGUGUUUUGGGCUCCGGGGUCUGUGCUAGUGAUUCCUUUAGAUUUUCUCUGCUAAUGCUUCAUUCUUCUACUGUCUCUCUCUAGCGUCCUUCUCCCUUCAGACUUCCUAGACCACAGUUCCUAAGAAAAAAGCUUGACAGACAUUUGUUCGGUCUCAGGCACUGCCACAUUCCAGGCAGAAGUCAUGGAUGUAGAUGCUGAAAGAGAGAAGAUAACACAGGAGAUCAAGGAGCUGGAAAGGAUUUUAGAUCCCAGCUCCACGGGCACCCACGUGGAGGUCUCAGAAUCAAGUCUCGAGUCAGAUUCUGAAGCAGAGUCACUGCCUUCUGAGGACUUGGACCCUGCUGAUCCCCUGAUCUCGGAAGAAGAAAGGUGGGGUGAAGCCAGCAAUGACGAGGAGGACCCCAAGGAUAAAACCCUCCCCGAAGACCCGGAGACCUGCCUGCAGCUGAACAUGGUCUACCAGGAGGUCAUCCAAGAGAAGCUGGCUGAGGCCAACCUGCUGCUGGCCCAGAACCGGGAGCAGCAGGAGGAGCUCAUGAGGGAUCUGGCUGGGUCCAAAGGCACCAAGGUGAAGGACGGCAAGAGCCUGCCCCCAAGCACAUACAUGGGGCACUUCAUGAAGCCGUAUUUCAAGGACAAGGUCACGGGUGUGGGGCCCCCUGCCAACGAGGACACACGAGAGAAGGCUGCCCAGGGGAUCAAGGCUUUUGAGGAGCUCCUCGUGACCAAAUGGAAAAACUGGGAAAAGGCCUUGCUCCGAAAGUCAGUGGUGAGUGACCGCCUACAGCGAUUGCUUCAGCCCAAGCUACUGAAGCUUGAGUACUUGCACCAGAAGCAGAGCAAAGUCUCCAAUGAGUUGGAGAAGCAGGCCCUGGAGAAGCAGGCCAGGGAAGCCGAGAAGGAGAUCCAGGACAUCAACCAGCUUCCAGAAGAGGCCUUGCUGGGAAACAGGCUGGACAGCCAUGACUGGGAGAAGAUUUCCAAUAUUAACUUUGAAGGCAGCCGCAGCGCAGAGGAGAUCCGGAAGUUCUGGCAGAACUCGGAGCACCCCAGCAUCAACAAGCAGGAGUGGAGCGGGGAGGAGGUGGAACAGCUGCAGGCGAUCGCGGCUGCACACGGCCACUUGGAGUGGCAGAAGAUUGCAGAGGAGCUGGGGACCAGCCGCAGUGCCUUCCAGUGCCUACAGAAAUUCCAGCAGCGGAACAAAGCCCUGAAACGCAAGGAGUGGACGGAGGAGGAGGACCGCAUGCUCACGCAGCUGGUGCAGGAGAUGCGCGUCGGCAGCCACAUCCCCUACCGCAGAAUUGUUUACUAUAUGGAAGGGAGAGACUCCAUGCAGCUGAUUUACCGAUGGACCAAGAGCUUGGAUCCCGGCCUGAAGAAGGGGAACUGGGCCCCGGAGGAAGACGCUAAGUUGCUUCAAGCUGUUGCCAAAUAUGGGGAGCAGGAUUGGUUUAAAAUCCGGGAAGAGGUGCCAGGUAGGAGCGAUGCCCAGUGCCGAGAUCGGUAUCUUAGGAGAUUACAUUUCAGCUUGAAAAAGGGACGGUGGAAUUUGAAAGAAGAGGAACAGUUAAUUGAAUUAAUAGGAAAAUACGGUGUUGGUCACUGGGCAAAAAUAGCUUCUGAACUGCCCCAUCGGUCCGGCUCCCAGUGUCUGAGCAAGUGGAAGAUCAUGAUGGGGAAGAAGCAGGGUCUCCGGAGGCGGCGGCGGAGGGCCCGUCACAGCAUCCGGUGGAGCUCCAGCAGCAGCAGCAGCAGCAGUGGCAGUGGCGGCAGCGGAAGGGGCAGCAGCAGCAGCAGUGAGGAGGAGGUGCCAGAGCCAGAGCAGGCAGAGGCUGAGGAGGGUGACAGAGCGCUGCUGUCCCCACAGUAUGUGGUCCCGGACAUGGAUCUGUGGGUUCCUGCCAGGCAGAGCACCAGCCAGCCAUGGAGAAGAGGGGCAGGGGCCUGGCUGGGAGGCCCCGCUGCCUCCCUCAGCCCUCCCAAGGGAUCCAGUGCCAGCCAAGGUGGCAGCAAGGAAGCUUCCGCCACAGCCGCGGCUCCUGGAGAGGAGACGAGUGCAGCGCAGGCCCCUGCCAGGGCCCACAGCCCUGUCCUGAGAGCUGCCCAGGCCUCCCACUCGGCAGACACUCACCCGGUGGGCGCAGAGAAGCAGGCCCUCGAGGGAGGGAGGCUGACAGUGCCUGUGGAGACCGUGCUGAGGGUGCUCAGGGCCAACACGGCUGCUCGGAGCCGCACACAGAAAGAGCAGCUGAGACAACUGCCCCUGCCCACCUCGUCCCCAGGGGUCAGCUCUGGUGACAGCGUGGCCCAGUCCCAUGUGCAGUGGCUACGGCACAGAGCCACCCAGAGUGGGCAGCGGCGCUGGAGACACGCUCUGCACCGGAGGCUCCUGAACCGCAAGCUGCUGCUGGCUGUGACCCCUUGGGUGGGGGACGUUGUCCUGCCCUGCACACAGGUGCCCCAGAGACCCGCCGCAGUGCAGACUCAAGCGGACGGCCUCAGGGAGCAGCUGCAGCGGGCCCGCCUGGCCAGCACGCCUGUGUUCACCCUGUUUACCCAGCUGUUGCAGAUCGAUACUGCCGGCUGCUUGGAGGUCGUCCGAGAGAGGAAGGCCCUGCCGCCCAGGCUGCCUCAGGCUGGUGCUCGGGACCCACCAGUGCAUCUUCUGCAGGUGCCCUCAAGUGCUCAGAGCACCCCAGGCCAUCUCUUCCCAAAUGUGCCAGCUCAAGAAGCCUCAAAGAGUGCCAGCCACAAAGGGAGCCGAAGACUGGCGUCCAGCCAGGUGGAGGGCACCCUCCCCCAGGCAUCCCCACUGGCUCCGACUGGCCCCCGGCCCAAGCCCAAGACUGUGUCAGAGCUGCUUCAGGAGAAGCGGCUUCAGGAGAAACGGCUUCAGGAGGCCCGUGCCAGGGAGGCCGCCCGGGGCCCGGUGGUGCUCCCGUCCCACCUGCUGGUCUCCUCGCCUGUGAUCCUCCAGCCCCCUCUCCCACACACCCCACAUAGCCGCCCAGCCCUGGGUCCCACUGUCUCAAAUGUUCCACUCUCGGGGCAUGGGACCCCCGCAGCAGCCAAGCCUGGCACUUCAGGCUCCUGGCAGGAGGCUGGGACUUCAGCCAAGGACGACAGACUCUCCACCAUACAAGCCCUGCCCCUCGCUCCUGCCUUCACAGGGACCGAGGGCACAGCCCCUGCUGCUUCCCGAGCCCCUGGCCUGGACCCCAGCCAGGUCUCUGUGAGCUGCCCUGGGAGUGGUCUCGGACAGUCACAGGCCCCCACUGCAUCCCAGAGGCAGAGCCUGCCUGAGGUAUCACCCUUUCUCCCUGCAGCCCCCAGCCCCACCCCACUGCCCAUCCAGCCCCUUAGCCUGACGCACGUAGGAGGGCCACGUGUGGCGGCCAGUGUCCCCCUGCCUGUCACCUGGGUGCUCACAGCCCAGGGGCUUCUCCCUGUGCCAGCUGUGGUGGGCCUUUCCAGUCCAGCAGGGACCCCUGGCCCCACAGGGCUGGUGGCCACUCUGCUGCCUCCCCUGACUGAAGCUCAGGCGGCCCAGGGCCCCAGGGCCCCAGCGUUGAGUAGCUCUUGGCAGCCCCCAGCCAAUGUGAACUCGGGACCAGAGCCUUCCUGCAGGACAGACCCCCCAGCCCCUCCCACACACGCCGCCUCCCAAAGUCCUGCAGAAGUGGAUGACAGUGUGGCUGUUGUCCCUGGAGAGGCCCAGGUGGCCAGGGAGAUACCUGCACCCAGGACGUCCUCCCAGACUGACCCCUCUGAAGCAGAACCCGCAUGGCCCAGGAGGCUGCCACCCCUCAGUGGUGUCAUUCCAGCAAGUGAGCCAGGGGGGACGCUGGGGUCCCCCUCAGGGACACAAGAGCCCAAGGGGCCUCUGGACCUGGAGAAGCCAUCCCUGCCCCAGCCUGGGCCUGAGAAGGGGGCCCUGGACCUGGGCCUGCUGUCCCAGGAGGGCGAGGCGGCCACACAGCAGUGGCUGGGGGGCCAGCGUGGGGUGCGGGUACAUCUUCUGGGAAGCAGACUGCCCUACCAGCCCCCAGCCCUGUGCAGCCUUCGAGCACUGUCCAGCCUCCUGCUCCACAAGAAGGCCCUAGAGCACAAGGCCGCCUCCCUGAUGGCGGGGGGCGAGGCUGAGCGGCCAGCUGGAGCGCUACAAGCCUCACUGGGGCUGGUGCGGGGGCAGCUCCAGGACAACCCAGCCUACCUCCUGUUGCGGGCACGGUUCCUGGCAACCUUCACCCUCCCUGCGCUCCUGGCCACCCUGGCCCCCCACGGCAUCCGCACUACCCUCUCAUCAGCCUCGAUAGCAGGCUCCGAGAGUGAGGAUGAGGACCUCCUGAGCGAGCUGGAACUCGCAGACAGGGACAGGCAGCCGGGCUGCACGGCGGCCACAUGCCACAUUCAGGGACCCCCAGACUCUGGCAGAUGCUCUGCCUCCUCCUGCCUGGAUGCUUUUAAUGACCUUGAUGUUGACGACCUUGAUGUGCUCAGAACCCGGCAUGCCAGGCACACCCGGAAGCGGAGGCGGCUGGUGUGAGCAGCAGGACAAGCACUCCUCAGAAGCCCGUGGCCCUGCUGACGAGAAACAGCCCACCCCCAGCCUGCGAGAAAGGCAGCCAGCCAGAGGCUAAGUAUCUGCUGGCCACCCACCGACCAGGUCCGCAGUGAACAGAGGCAGGCCUGCCAACUGACCAUGUGGCACGGGGCAUAGCUGUUCCCCAAGUGCACACCUGAACACUUGGAGGAAUAAAGUUCUGUUUUUAAUUGUGGAGCCGGACA